GGCCCCACUAUGGAUGAAGUUCCGUUUCCCCGAGUCCGCACACGGUGGAGGAAAAGUCGCUGCCUGGCCGGCACGUGCGAGCUCGAGUUUGACUGCAAGGAGCUCGAGACUCUCUUCCAGAAGUACAACCUAAAGCUCGAGCAGACCGCCACGCUCAAAGCGCUGGCCAUCCUCAUUCUCGCCGCGUCCGCGCUGGCGCUCGUUGAGCUCCUGUCCGCCGGUUCGCGCUUCACCGUGUCCAAAGGCUCGCACCCGGUCCACUGCGUCAUCUUCACCUCCCUCUUUAUCGUCACCAACGUCAAGUAUCUCCAGGUCACGCAACUGCAGCAGAUCGCGCGGCUCGCGCUGCUCUUUAGUUUAACCUUCGCACUCCUCUGUUGCCCGUUUCCCCUCGCGCCGGGGCACGGCACGCCGUCAGGGACGCAGGGGUCUGACUCGACGAGCACAGCACCUGAGCAAGGUGUUUGGCAGCUGAUGCUCGUUACGUUCGUUGCUUACUCUCUUCUACCGGUAAGGACGCUUUUGGCCGUUUUAUUCGGCAUCGUGGUUGGAGGGAUCCACUUCAUCGUAACAGCAACAUCUAUAACGGCCCGCAAACCUCGCCUGUGGACACCGCUGGUAGCAAAUGUAGUGUUGCUGGUUGGUGUGAAUCUGUCGGGUGUGUUUGUUCGAGUCCUUACUGAGCGUGCCCAGAGGAAGGCCUUUCUACAGGCUAGAAACUGCAUCCAACAACGCCUGCAACUAGAGGAUGAGAAUGAAAAACAGGAACGCCUCUUAAUGAGCCUGCUGCCCAGGAAUGUUGCCAUGGAAAUGAAGGAGGACUUCUUGAAGCCACCAGAAAGAAUCUUCCACAAGAUAUACAUCCAACGGCAUGACAAUGUCAGCAUCCUAUUUGCGGAUAUUGUUGGGUUUACCAGUCUAGCCUCGCAAUGCACGGCCCAGGAGCUGGUCAAACUGCUAAACGAGCUCUUCGGGAAAUUUGACGAGCUUGCUACAGAAAACCAUUGCAGAAGGAUUAAGAUCUUGGGAGACUGUUAUUACUGCGUGUCAGGCCUGACCCAGCCGAAAGCAGACCAUGCUCACUGCUGUGUGGAAAUGGGUUUGGACAUGAUCGACACCAUCACAUCUGUUGUAGAAGCAACUGAGGUGGACCUGAAUAUGCGUGUGGGUUUGCACACGGGCCGUGUGCUGUGUGGUGUUCUGGGGCUGCGCAAAUGGCAGUAUGACGUCUGGUCUAAUGAUGUCACACUGGCCAACAUGAUGGAGGCUGGAGGACUGCCUGGGAAGGUUCAUAUCACCAGGGCAACACUGGAAUAUCUAAAUGGAGAUUAUGAGGUGGAGCCGGGCUAUGGCCAUGAGAGACACGCUUUCCUCAGCAAACACGCCAUUGAGACCUUCUUCAUUGUGCCCUCGCACAGACGCAAGGUUUUCCCUGGGCUGAUCCUAUCAGACAUAAAGCCAGCGAAGAGGAUGAAGUUUAAGACAGUUUGUUAUCUGCUGGUGCAGCUCAUGCACUGCAGAAAGAUGUUCAAGGCUGAGAUCCCUUUUUCCAAUGUCAUGACCUGUGAAGAUGAUGACAAGAGACGAGCCCUGCGCACAGCUUCAGAGAAACUGCGCAGUCGGACUUCAUUUUCAGCGGGCAUGAUGCAGAACUCCCCCGGGACAAGAGUAAACCGCUACAUUGGCCGUCUGAUAGAAGCACGGCAGACAGAGUCCGAGACAGCAGACCUCAACUUCAUUACCCUCACAUACAGAAGCAGAGAGAGAGAGCAGAGAUAUCAACAAGUGUACGAUGAUGCCUUUAUCAGCGCUGUGGUCAUCUCUCUCGUCCUCACUUCAUUUUUUGCAGUCGUCUAUUUUAUCAUCAUUCCUCAGGGUCUUCUGGUUGUGAUUCUGCUGGUUCUUUGUUUGAGUUUCCACACUGUAAGUGUGAUGUACCUUCACAUCACUCACGUGCAGUGCUCUCCUGACUGCCUGACCCUGCAGAUCAGAACGGUCCUGUGCGGCUUUCUGGUGCUGCUCAUGUACUCCGUGACCCAAGGGUGUGUGGUGGGAUGUGUACCAUGGUCACUGGAGGGGAACUCCAGUGUCUCCAUGAUGAUGGUCGUCACAGUGAACGGGACUGGCGUGGACUCUGGGGUGUGCAAAUACACUCCAUAUGUAUUUUUAUCAUGUUUGAUGGCAUUGCUAUCUGUGGCGCUGUACCUACGUGUGUCAUCACUACCCAAGAUCUUCCUGCUUAUCCUUCUCAACAUUAUACACACUGUCGUCAUGGAGACCAGCGGCUAUCGGGAGGCUAUGGGUGGUGGAUUCUUCCAUACAUAUGGCUAUGACCCGGUUCUGGCAAUGCUGUUGUUUUCUGGAGCACUGGUGCUCCACUGCAGACAACUGGAUCUCAAACUCCGGCUGGACUACAUCUGGGCCACUCAGGCAGAAGAGGAGAGAGAUGACAUGGAGAAAGUGAAGCUGGACAAUAAGCGGAUUCUGUUUAAUUUGCUGCCUGCACAUGUCGCUCAGCACUUCCUGCUGUCCAACCCAGGAAACAUGGAUCUGUAUUAUCAGUCUUACUCUCAAGUGGGUGUCCUGUUUGCCUCCAUCCCCAACUUUAAUGACUUUUACAUUGAGCUGGAUGGAAACAACAUGGGUGUGGAAUGCCUCAGGCUGCUCAACGAGAUCAUCGCUGACUUUGAUGCACUGAUGGAUAAGGAAUGCUACAGAGAUAUUGAAAAGAUUAAAACUAUUGGCAGCACCUACAUGGCUGCAGUUGGACUUGUCCCCACUACAGGAUCCCAGGUGAAGAAAUCAAUCUCUGCACAACUUUGCACAGUGGCUGAUUCCGCCAUUGAGAUGUUUGACGUCCUGGAUGCGAUCAACUACCAGUCCUACAAUGAUUUUGUGCUUCGAGUUGGUAUUAAUGUGGGUCCAGUUGUUGCUGGCGUGAUCGGGGCUCGCAGGCCUCAGUACGACAUCUGGGGAAACACAGUCAACGUUGCAAGCAGAAUGGACAGCACUGGAGUUCAGGGCAAGAUACAGGUAACUGAGGAUGUUUUCCGGCUACUCCGUGGUUAUUAUCACUUCCAGUGCCGCGGACAGGUCAGCGUAAAGGGCAAAGGUCAAAUGCUCACCUAUUUGCUGGAGGACCGAACCCCCCAAGGCACACACCUUACUGGAACCAAGAGCCUGGAGCGUGGGUCGAGACCUUGCAUCCGGACAAAGUUGAACUCUGCGCCCACUGUCAGCAGUUAUGGGGUCAAAAGUCACACAUUGGGGCACGUUGCCACAACUCCAAACAACAGAAUGAUUUACCUACCCUCUGUAUCUGUCGACAUGGACAUGGAGAUGGAGGUGUGAACGCCACUGAGAUGGGCUCUACGGUGAUCAAAAAAUUAGUAAAUGAAAGGCAGAGACGGAAACCGAAAACAAAGGAAUUGGGUGAGAGCAAAAUAAAUAUAGGUAGUUGGAGAAGGUGAAGUCUCUGUCUUUGCACUGGUUGAGAGGAAAGAAACAUUCAAAUGUGCCACACCAAGAAAAGCCCUCCCCCAUCACGCAAGUACAUAUUAAGCAUGUAUGUAUUUAUGUGUGCGCGUACAUGCAUGUGUGUUUGUAAUAAUGAGUCUUCCCCAGACCAAUAGGAUAUCAGGUCUCCUACAUGGGAGCAUGCUAUCUACUGCAAUGCAGCUUCACACCAGCCGAGGAGACACAUACCCAGUGUGUUUGUGUGUGUGUAUGUGUGUGCGCUUGUAUGUGUGUGUGUGCGCGCGUGUGUGUGUGCUUGUAUGUGUGUUAUCUUGUAUGUAAUAAUGUCAAGAGAUGCCGCGGCAAUGAACGUGAGCAAUGAGGACCAAAACAUUUAGAUGUAAAACAGGGCUGUAUUUUGUACUUUGAGUCAAGGCAGAUGUUUGUGAGAUGACGAAACGUAAGCAGGGAUAAACUUGACAUUGUUUGGUUUUUAGUUAAAAACAAGGUUACUCACAUUGAGAUUUGUUUUCAAUAAAUUGUUUACAAAACAUGCCACAGGUUUUCGGAACUGAUACAGUUGGAAUUUCCUGCAAUUUUCAGGCAUCGUUUGUGGUUAAUACCAUCUUGAGAGAGAGAGAGAAAUAGCCAAAAAUUACUACUGUAAACAAUUUCUACACAGUGAAUCAGAGACCAGAAUGAUUUAGUAUCAAAGGGAAACACUAUGCUGUUUUUUAAUAAUUUACAGAAGGUCUGUAGUCUAUGACGUGAGUAAAUGUUUAUCUUUGCUUGGGUGAAUCAGCAAAGUUUUCCUUCAUGUGAUAUGUGUUUGCACUGGUGCUUGGAGAAAACAUCUGCAUUCACUUGCCUCUGCCCUUUGACCUCUGGGAUAUUCUUUCCAGUAUUGACAUUAAAACACAGUAAUUCUGCAAUUAUAUGCAGAAAAUAAACAUAAAUAUUGGUUUAUUGAUAUAGCCGCUACAUUGAGCGAGAACUGUAACACAAGCAGAACAAUCAAGCCUGUGUGACAGUGCUGUAUUUUUUUAAAUAAAAAAAAUAAUAAAACAUUGGCAUCCAGUAUUUAAUAAAAUACUGUCAAUAGCUGGACACUUGUUCUCUGUUCCAAAUGCUUUGUCAGUGGAUUUUUAAGUUUCUAAAUGGUGCUUAGCUUUUUAGUUUUGCGGAGCGAUUUUUAACGCAGUUGAACACACAUGAUAUUUUAGUGCUGGGUGUGUCAUUUGCUCUGUAGGUCUUAGGAUAUGCUGUGUAAACAUCUGGAUUUUAUUGCAUCUAUUUCAGAGCAUACAAACGUCUCUAAUCCACUCUCAAGUUUGAACCCUCAAAAGCCUCAUUUUAGAUUUCAUAUGAAUAAAAAACUGAGUUCAGGCCAGUUGGCUGGAUUAAUGUAUCUUUGAUAGAUUUUCCAUGAUGCCUAGGGAAUGAAGUUUGGCUUCAAGCAUGUCCAUUCCCAGCAUGCCAUAAUUCUGUGACGUCCGCUCUAUUUGAUAACUGAGUUGUGUCUCUACUGCAUGCCUACUGCAAAAACAAAACCAAGGGUGAUAGGUGUCAGAGAAAUGUUGCAAAACAUGCUUUAGUAGCACUGCAUGAGCCCACAAUAAUGGCCUUGAAGAAAUGAAACAUAUAUUUUUAAAUAACAAUCUUUUACUGACUGCUUAUCCACUUACCUGUUCCAUGCGGGAUGCUGCUGUGAGACAUUGGGGAACGCUUUCUGGGAGUUUUCUAGCAUAUGUCAAGCUCUUGAAGUGACUGCCUUGCA